UCCAGCCAUUUACAAUUUUUUGAACGUAUGUUUUGGUGUGAGUUGCUGAUGCUGUGGGUGGAGGUCUUGGACUCCGCGGGGGUGGCGCCGCGGAUUUUCUUAGGAUGAAAACAGAGUAUUCACAGCCUGUCAGACCCCCAAAUUCAGGGAUGACACCACCUGAGGACAGGCUGCAGGAGGAGCAGGAUCACCCCAGCAUCCCAGUCCUGGGGUGUCGCUGGGGACUGGGUGAGGGCAUCAGCCCUGCAGUGUUCAAGCCUAUUCCAAUUCCACCACAUCUCCUGCAUGAGCAGGGCCAGCUGGAGCCUGGCGCGCCGCACGUGGGGUCGCGGCCGUGCCGCCGGCCUCACAAGCCAUGACGACCCGCUGCCGUCGCCCGGCCGGCUGUCCAGCGUCGGCGUCACCGGCCUCCCCAUCUGCGAGCAGAUCAGCCGGGUGGACGUGGCCAUCCAACAGGCGCCGUGCAACUUCAACGACUACAUCAUCCCCCGCUCGCCGGACGAAGACGCCUCCGCCCCGCCGGCUGCACCAGCUCCGCAGCACCGACUGCCCGAGAUGCGCAGCUGGGCGUCCCGGCGGCAGCCCGACUGGGCCGACGCGCUCGAGCCCUAUGGCGACGUGGAGGCGGUGGACGCGGCGCAGCUGCCCACCAACAUGCGGCACGCGCAGACCGCCGGCGGCGGCGACGCCGGCCUGCGAGCGCUGCAGCGGCUCAACAGGUCCAGUGACUCGGAGCUCGACCUGCUGGAGGAGUGCACCAACUCGUCCGACAUGUCGAACGGUGAGAGUCCGCCUGCGCCGGGCCGUCGGGGGACGCUGUGGCGGCUGGCGUAUCCGUGUAACUGUACCGCGAGCGGCCCAGCGUAG